AUGACGAUCGAUCUUGUUUAUCUAAUUAACGACUCUCGUAGAUCGUCGCGACGGCAGGAUCAUCUAGCUCGCGCACACACGGCCAGGAGGAAUCGGCGCCAGCAAAAUGCGCACAGAAUAUCACCUCCAGCCUCGGGAGAACCAUCGGAUGGCCACGUAGGAUAUUCCUUGGCCAGCUGCCAGUCGACAAUACUUGUGGCAACAUCAUCAGAUCAGGAACGUCAGCAUGUCCCACCUGCAGCAAGUCCACGAACGGUCUCGCCCGUGUUCGGCGCUCUAUCUGUGGGCACCUUCGACGUUGCCCUCGCACAUGGCAAGGGCGAGACUAUCGCGUACUACUGCCAGUCUGUCGUCAUCAACUACAUGUCCAUAGCUGAUACAAAGUGGUUCUUUGAGGCAUACUGUCGAUGUCCCGUCGCAUUCCACGCCAUACACUACUCCGUAGCCAACCAUCGCGAUAGAGUCGUAGGACGAUUGCUGGAAACGAAAUCCGCCAAGACUAUACGACACAAGGUCAACGCACUACGUCUACUCAGUCUCGCUAUCUCAGAAUAUCAAACGGAUUCCACAGACAUAGGCUGGCUGCUGCUCGCCCUGACCGCUCUGAUGAGGAACGAACCUACCCAGGAUGAUCUGCAGCCUGACAAGCUGCUCGCGUUCAAACCGUGGACACGGGACCUCAAUAACGCCGCCGUCUUCGGAAGAGGAAAGUUUGGCCAGACUUUAGCACUUCAUACCAAGGCUUUUGAGCAGAUUCUCCCAGCUCGGGGCGAUAUGCUCACCAAGCUCCCUCGUGGACUGGCGAAGUCGAUUGCCGGGUUGGUAUCAUACGAAUCCGCAGCAUAUCACGUGGUUAGGCUGACGAGCGCUGCAUUGCAAUAG